GUUACUUUUGGUUUUUUUUUUCACUUUUCUUUUCAUUUCUUUUUAAUCCUUUAUUCAACCUUUUUUUUUUUCUUUUGCUCAAAUAAUAAAACAUGAGUCGAGGAUCAAGUGCUGGAUACGAUCGACAUAUUACUAUUUUUUCACCAGAAGGACGGUUAUAUCAAGUUGAAUAUGCCUUCAAAGCCAUUUCGAACAGUGGUAUCACAUCCGUUGGAGUACGUGGUCGUGAUGGCUGCGUCAUUGUUACCCAAAAGAAGGUUCCUGACAAGCUAUUGGACCCUUCUACUAUUACGCACAUCUUUCAACUGACACCAAAAAUUGGUUGUGUUAUGACCGGAAUGGUUCCUGAUGCUCGUUCUCAAGUCACUCGUGCUCGUCAAGAAGCAGCUGAAUUCCGAUACAAAUACGGGUACGAAAUUCCUACUGAUAUGCUUGCUAAGCGCGUCGCCAACAUUAAUCAAGUCUAUACUCAACAAGCUGCCAUGCGACCUUUGGGUGUUUCUAUGAUUCUUAUUGGACAUGAUGAUGAAUGGGGACCUCAAUUGUACAAAUGUGAUCCUGCUGGAUAUUAUGUUGGAUAUAAGGCAACUGCAGCUGGGGCUAAACAACAAGAAGCUCUGAAUCAUUUGGAAAAGAAACUGAAAAAGAAUCCUGAAUUGAACAUGGAAGAUACCAUUGAACUUGCAAUCACAACAUUGUCUACAGUUUUGGCAGUGGACUUUAAAGCUAGUGAAAUUGAAGUGGGUUUGGUGACUAAGGACAAGACAGACUUCCAUACAUUGACAGUGGAUCAAAUUGAAGAACAUCUUCAAAGAAUUGUAGAAAAGGAUUGAAUAAAAUGAAAUAAAGUUUAUUAUUAUUUAUCUUGA